GCGUAUUUUCCUGUCCACGGAAUAACCUCAAAAUCAUUAUUUGAGUGAUAGAAGGGUACAGGGCCUUCUCAACGAUGAAUACACCCCCAUUUGCACUAUUCGUCCUUGACAAAGAUAUCAAUAAUGAGUACAUCAAUAAAGGUCUAGAGAGUGCUCAUGGCUGGGAUUCAAUGGCUACGUGGGACCUAUGGGUUGCGACCGACUCAUACGAUGAUAUGCCCAAACAAUCAGGCGACCGACAGCCUCCGCCAGAAGCAACAAAGCCACCUCUCGCGGACUCAUACAAGUCGCCAUGGGUCGGGAAGACGAUCGAAGAAUGCGCCAAGUGGCUACAGGCUGCACCAGAAGACACUGCUGUGCUGAAGGACUACUUUACCGCGGUGAACGAAUUCUCGAAAGAGGACGAUACUGUUCUUACGUGUCGCGUUAGGGUUGAGGACGGCGAUCUCAAAGUUGACUAUUACCCAUUGCCGACUAAAGAAAUCGCAAUGAUGAUGCUUACCAACCGUGGAUCGUAUUUUGAUGAGAGAGGAAGUGCUUAUCAGAGCGUUAUGCGGCGGAAUGGAAAGCCAGACAGAAGCCAAGGAGGACCGUUUCAUUAGAGCCGGCAGUAUGAUCAAGGAGCAUUAAAUCAAUCAGCGAUACUCAAUAGCUAAUAUGCCUUUAUUCAACUCUGUCCUCGCACUGCAACGUAGAAGGGCAC